UAUUCGUGGGGUUUUCAGGACCGUAAUCAAGUGUGGAUGACGACAUGAACAAGAUUUAAGAAACUGCUGCUGACGGAAUUAUCGCUACUUCGCGAGUUCUUCUUAAUUUUGCAAAAGAAAGUGUUCGUGGAGUUGAAGCUGUACUUUUCGAAAGAUUAAGUGAAGAUAGAGGAAAUCGGAGACUCGUUCUUUGGAUUUAAAGGAAAGGUUGAAACAAUGGGGACAUCGCAAAGCAACCGAAGAAAACCCGCUUUGUACGACGACACGUACUACGGAAAGCUGGAGUUGAUCCAUUCAACUGAUGGUUCUUGCUGUGGAACGUCUGCAACUCCUGAACCGCUAUUUGGCACCGAUCGUGUUCUGAUGGCUCCGCGAUGGUUGUGGUUCCUGAAGCGCUCAUCUGUACCUUCGGACGCCGACGUGCUGCGGAAUUCAUGGUCGACGGAUGAUGUAAAUUUACCCGAUGAUGCAGAUAGUGUGGAGUUUUCUCCUAGACUUUCUUUGGUAACGAGUCAGGAUGAGGAACCGACGUGGUGCCAACCUGUUGCCGGGGCUUCGCCCCCUGCGGUCAACGCCGGCCGGAGAUCGCGUCAUCAGCGUGAUGAUGUCCUUCAAACUAGUAUUGCCGUGAUAGGUGAAGAGAUCCGAAAUAGCGACGACAGUGGACUUCCUGAUUGUGGCGAGGAUUUGCAUGGUAGUUUUGAUGAAGAGUCUGCGAACCAGUCGUGGUCGUCGAAGAAGCAUUGUCAUUUUGGUGGUGAGACACUCGACGAUGCGAAGAGAGCUCAGAAUCAAUUGCUUUGGGCAUGCUUGCUGUGCCUCAUCUUCAUGUUGGGCGAAGGAGUUGGAGGUUACUUGUCGAACAGUCUGGCUGUGAUGACGGAUGCUGCUCAUCUCAUGUCAGAUUUCGCCUCGUUUCUCAUAUCGCUGUUCGCCAUUUGGCUCGGGAAGCAAAAGCCAUCCAGACGCAUGUCAUUUGGAUAUUACCGAGCUGAGGCUCUCGGGGCGCUGACGAGCAUUAUUAUCAUAUGGAUUGUGAGCGGCGUUUUGGUUUACUUGGCUGUGCUCCGGCUGAUGCGUGGUUCCUACACUUUGAAAGCUGAUACCAUGAUUAUUGUCGCUGCUAUUGGUGUUCUGAUUAAUAUAGUUACGACGAAUAUUAACGUCCGAGCUGCGUUCAUUCACGUUGUGGGUGACUUGGUACAAAGUGUCGGGGUGCUAAUUGCUGCUUUCAUCAUUCAUUACAAGCCUGAGUGGAAAGUUGCGGAUCCGAUUUGCACCUUUUUAUUCUCCGGCCUGGUGAUUUUGACCACGAUCGGCGUGCUGAAAGACACGUUGAUGGUGCUGAUGGAAUCGACUCCGAAACAAGACCUUGACGACGAAGAACUUAGAAGACAUUUGACUUCGGUAGAAAAUGUGAAAGGGAUCCACGAUUUUCACGUGUGGUCGCUGACUGUCGGGAAACACGCGUUGGCAGUUCACGUUGCUAUUGACGAAAGUGCGGAUCAAGAAGUUGUGCUCCGGAAAUUGACCCACAAAAUCCGCGUUAUGCAUCCGUCGAUCAUCUCGUCGACGAUCCAGGUCGAACGAGGUUGUCGGAGUUCAUGUGAUGGUUGCUUGCCUGCUUACUGAUGAACCCACUUGAGGUACUUUCCCUAGAUCUGGUUUGAUAGCUGCCCCGAGAAAAUAUUCUUUGGUAUAAUUUUGAAUAGCUUUGUUUUUGUUUCUUCGCCUGUCUGCAUUUGAAAGGAAUACGAAUACAUUGCAGUAUUAUUUUUCUAUUCGGAAGCAAAGAGGAACUUUUUUUCUUCCCUCCGUUCGACUGGGCUCUUCCACUAAUGAUUGAUUGAUUGAUCGCUUUGCUGCUGCAAUAUUGCCGUCGAGACCUUAUUGAAAAUUGCGAGGCGGACAUUUUCUUUUAUUUAUUUUUUUGGACGUUUGUUGGAUCAUGAGAUAUUGUGACGUCAGGAUUUAAGCGAUAUGUAUUUUUGUGCACGGGUCCGUUUAUUGUGCUGAGCCAGCCGCUGCUCGAAACUUGGUGCAAGUGCAAAGUAAUGUACGAGUCGUUAAUUUUUUUACGGAUUUUGAUGCAAGUGACGUGUGCUCAUAAUGAUUUUUUUUUUUUGGGUGAAACGUGGAAUUUUGUGUUGCGAAAGUGAGUGACUAAGUCUCCACCUUUUGAGAAUGCCUUCGCACCGACUGCUGUGAAUAAACGGAUUCGAUGAA